UGAUCUGGCUGAUUUGUAAAAGCUGUUUAGUGUAAGAUCAGGAUUAGUAACUAGUGCAGACUGAAGAUGAAUCGGGAAGUUUACGCAAACACGGGAGUAACUGCACACAACACAUCUCAUUCAGAUGAAGGCAUUUAUGACAACGAGCUGAACUUGGAGACUUGCUGGAACAGAAACAACCAGCAUUCUACAAACUCAGGGGGAGACACUAGAUGGAGUAGGUCUUACAGAAUAACUGCAAUGUGUGUGGUGCUGCUGUGUGUUCUCCUGCUGACUGCCAUCACAGUGCUGUGGAUCAAAUACAACAUCCUGAUUACUGAAAAUAACCAGCUACAGACUGGUAACAACAAUCUGACUAUAGAGAGAGACCAGUUACUGAGGGAGAGAGAUGGAUGCCUGAGAACAUUUGGUGAUUUGUGUAAGUGGUGUUUUAUCUUCGGCAGUCUUUAUUUCAUGUAUAAUGAGGAGAAGAACUGGACUGAGAGCAGACAGAUCUGCAUGGACAAAGGAGCCGACCUGGUGAUCAUAAACAACAGAGAGGAACAGGAGUUCAUCAGUAAACAAAAGGUGAAUGGCAGAAUUCAGGCUUGGAUUGGUCUGAGUGACAGAGAGACAGAGGGAGAGUGGAAAUGGGUGGACGGUACACCACUGACUACUGCGUUCUGGGCUUCAGGGGAACCGAAUAAUGCAGGUGGUGAUGAGGACUGUGCUGAGUUUUAUAGUGGUGACACUGGGAACUUCUGGAAUGACAAGAAAUGCACUACUAAAGGAAACUGGAUCUGUGAGAAACAUCUUUCACAGUGA